GUUCAAGUAUGGCGCAAGUAUGGCGCCGUUGGCAUCGGCAAUGGCACGGCUCCGUGUUGGCAGCGCUGCGUUCGUCUCGUUGGCUGGUUGACGUGUUGGCGGACAGGAAGCAGCCUGCGCUAAGUCGCGUCUACGGCUGGAUCAUCGACCGCAAGCGUCGAAGGGAGACAGGUCACGUGCAGCGAAUCGCUCCCCCUCACAUUCCCGUAUUUAGUGUAGGGAACGUCACCUUUGGAGCUACGGGGAAGACGCCGUUCGUGCAGUUUUUGAUCGACUACGUGCUCAAACAGGGACGGGAAGAUCUCGUGCCGCUGCUGCUAAGUCGCGGGUAUGGCGGCGACGAGUGGCGGAUGCUGGCCAAGCAGUUCCCGGCCUGUCAAUUAGCGUUGGGAGCUGAUCGUGUGGCGAUUGGCGCAGCUAAAGUGAAAGAAUUAGGAGGAGACACAGCGCCAUUAAGUUGCGUGGUGCUGGACGAUGGAUUGCAGCAGUGGAGACUUGCCAAGGACCUGGAGAUCGUCAUGGUAGACGCUUUGCAUCCGCUGGGUAACGGGCUGCUGCUUCCGUGUGGGAGUCUGCGAGAGCGGCCACGUGACGCAUUGGUACGAGCUGAUGUAGUGGUUGUACACCACGCAAAUCUACUUGCUGAAGAAGAGUUGAAAGUGUUGAUGACAAGCUUAAAGGCGCUGUUGGACCCUCAACGGCAUCCAAUUGUUGCUACAUCUAGGAUGAAGGUGGUGGGGCUCAUUCCAGCUCAUACAUUACUGUCGGAAGAGAAGAGUGACGGUACUGAGGCUGCAGUGGAGAUAGAGAAGCUACCCUUGGUUGAUCGCUCAGUAUUGAUCGUGUGCGGAGUUGGUAACCCCGAGUCCGUAACAAAAGUGAUGGAGAGUUUGGCUCGCUGGGUUCGAGUGGAGCUGAAAGCGUUUCCUGACCACCAUGCGUUCACAUCAGGAGAUGUUGACGAUAUUUUUGAGCGGGUGCGAGAGCUGCGGAGCAACGGAAGCGUCACAGUAGUGACAACCGAGAAAGACUUCGCUCGGUCACCAAGAGCUAUGAGAACUCUCGCUGAUAACGUGGAUCUCCGAGUGCUUCGAUGCGAGCUGGAGUUGCAGCACAAUAGAGAUCAAGUGAAGGAGCGAAUUAACUCACUCUUGAACAUAACGUAGACAAUAAGCACUUAUCGUCGAGUGGAAUGCCUUGGAGAUAACAUCCCAACGCGUCAACGUGAAAAAGAUCUGAUGAUAUCGAUGUGGGCUGUGUUUCGAGCGGUGAUUCUCGCUUGCGAUACUGCGACUAUGCGGUACUUACUUGGUUUUCUUCUUCGCCUUGAACCUGUGCUCCUCUAAAUCGAUAAAGUUGUCGCACUCUUCGUC